UGCUCCCGUCUUAGGCAUUUUGGCUAACACGGGAGUCCUGCCGGGGCAGAGUGGGCACGAGGGCCUGGGGGCGAGGGAGCCCACAGCUGGGCGGGGUCCUUCAGCCCCCACGUGUCUGAGGCGGGCUGAGUUGCUUUUCAGUGGUGCCCACCCGUCCAGGGAUGGUCGGAGUGCCCCCCUCCUCGCGCCCAGCCUCACCGGCUCUGAGGCGCCAGGGCCCCCCCUAGGGCCAGGGCGGGCUGGGGAAGGUAAUGUAAUUCCGGCCCAGCUAACCCGAUUAUGGCGGCCUGCACCGGGCAGGGCGGCGGCGGGGGCGGGUCUAAGGCUCUGGGGCCCGCCCGCAGGGGUCCCAUCCUGGGGAAGGAUGCGGAGUUUACACACAGCCGACUCCAGGGUCCGCAGCCAAGGGUCACGAGGUCACUGUGUAGCUUGGGGCUUCCCCCCACCUCCCUUCUCUGGCACGCUCCAGGCGCACUUUCUGGGGCUUGGGUGGGGUGAAACCUCUGUAGGAAACAAGGCGGCCUGGAUCCCUUCUAGGCGUCAGUAAGGUCGCACGUGUCGCCUGUGACGAUUUUGCCCUCUGGUUUUUCAGAAGAGAGAAUGUGCAACAACCCGCAGAAUGGAGGGGCUAAGGCCACACGUUUGGCGCGCCCUCCCUCCGCACUUCAGAGUUGGUGGACAGGCCGCCCUGCCCCGGCUCUUUCAGCUCCAGUUGAUUCCAUCUGAGCCAUCAGUUUUCUUUAUUGCUUCCAAAACAUCGAAAAUCUAAGAAACAGGGCACCAAUUACGGGCGUGCCCGUUCCGGGCAGGGGCCUUUACGAAAGAGGCCCGCGAGGCACCAGGACCGUGAGCCCGGCUUUCAGAUCCCCGCCCUAGCCCACCGAACGCAUCCUGCCAGCCCUUCCCACACCUGCGCUUUUUCCUUGGGCCUCCAGAUCGCGAAUUCUAGUUCCCAGUCGCUUCUUAGGCAGCCAGGAAGCCACAACGAGAUCUGGUCUUAUGGGGCCCUUAGGCGGGAGCCACAACGAAUCCCAGAGUUGGCAAGCAACACCCUUCGGGAGGCGAAGAAUGGGGGCUGAGGGAGGAGGCACCUGCCGGUGAGGAAGUCGGUGAGGCAGAGGGAGCCCAAAGGCGGAGCCGGCGAGGAUGCAGGCGCGGGUAGCAUCUUGGCUGACUCAGCGGCUCGAGCUCUGACCCCUCCCGCGCUGAGCCGGGUCACUAACACCCUCGCUCUCCAUCCCCACCCCGUGCUCCCAGCACUUCUCGGCCGGCCAGUCUUCCCCCGCGCUUGGCGCAAACAGGCGUCCCUUCCCCUUUAACGGCCGGGCCCCGCCCCUGCCCAACCUCCAGCCCCCACGACCCACCCGGGGUGAUCUGUCAGUCACUGCCCCUACCGAAGCUGGCCAACCCUCUCCACCCGGGACUUGGAUAGCGGCCCGGCAGCCCAGCGUCCAUCCGCGCUUCAGUGCAGCAAAGGAGCUCGUGGGGCCCCGCCGGCGGCGCUCCCCCGGGAUGCCAGUCGCCGAGUGGACGCCCGGCAUCGGCGGGCACCGGCGCUGUUGCUCCCGGUGCACAGGGAUGCAGCAGUUCCGAGGACCCCGGCGCCCAGCGGUGGCCAACCCCGAGGGCCCCUGAAGCCGCCGCCUGGAGCGCACCGCCGCUGGGCUCCCGAGCUGCGUGAGGCACCCUCCCCAAACACACCUCCCGCAGUCUUCCCAGGCAAAGCAAGACCCAUGGAGCCGGCGGUGCUGGCUCCGCACAACCUUCCUCACCACGAGCCAAUCAGCUUCGGCAUCGAUCAGAUCCUGGGCGGCCCAGAACCCCCCGGAGGCGGCCUGGGUUCGGGUCGGGCAAGCCAGAGCCAUGGAGAGAGCGCAGGCUUCUCGGCUGGAUUCCACGGGACCGCAGGCUACGGUCCUGCCAGCUCGCUGGCCCCGCUGCCCAGCAGCUCCGGAGUGGGCCCGGGCGGCGUGAUCCGCGUCCCGGCUCACCGCCCGCUGCCCGUGCCGCCGCCCGCGGGAGGCGCGCCUGCGGUGCCCGGGCCCUCGGGUUUGGGCGGCGCCGGCGGCUUAACCGGACUCACUUUCCCCUGGAUGGACAGCGGUCGCCGCUUUGCUAAGGACCGGCUCACAGCUGCGCUUUCGCCCUUCUCGGGGACGCGUCGCAUAGGCCACCCCUACCAAAACCGGACUCCCCCAAAGCGGAAGAAGCCGCGCACAUCCUUCUCCCGCUCGCAGGUGCUGGAGCUGGAAAGGCGCUUUCUGCGCCAGAAAUACCUGGCCUCCGCCGAGAGGGCCGCACUGGCCAAGGCCUUGCGCAUGACUGACGCACAGGUCAAGACGUGGUUCCAGAACCGACGUACCAAGUGGCGGCGCCAGACGGCGGAGGAGCGCGAGGCCGAGCGGCACCGCGCCGGCCGCCUGCUGCUGCACCUGCAACAGGACGCGCUCCCGCGGCCGCUGCGGCCACCGCUGCCCCCGGACCCGCUCUGCCUGCACAACUCGUCGCUCUUCGCGCUGCAGAACCUGCAGCCCUGGGCCGAGGACAACAAAGUGGCUUCCGUGUCCGGGCUCGCCUCUGUCGUGUGAACCACACCUGCCUCCUUGGCCGAGCGCUCUUUCCGGACCGAGGCGCCACGCGCAGACACCGGGCCCAGGGCCGUGGAACGCGCGGCCGCCGCGCCCACGGUCCCGCGGCAGCCGGGCACGUGAGGAGCACGGGCCGUGAGGCAAUCGUCGAGGCCGCCUUCGCCACUGGCAGGUUGCUGGCCUGCGUAGCGUGGGUGCGGGCCGAGCUCAGACACGGCCUUUCCCGCCAUUUUUCACAACUGCUGUUAACUCCACGGCGGGAACCGGAGGCUCAAGAAGGCGGGACCUGCAGGACCGUAGCCAAUGAGGUGUGGGGAAAGGGGCGGGCUGGCCAAUGGGAGCUGCUCUCCGGGACUCCGGAGGAGCCGGCUAGGGGCCGUGAGGUGGAGUUGGCCGCGGGCGAGAGCUGUGAGGCGAGCGGCUCCGAGGGCCGGGCUGGGCGGGCGCCCACUGAGUCCAUACCGCAGCACCGGCGACGCCAGCGACUGCCGAGUCAAAGCAGGAGGUGCUGGAGCGCUGGCAGCUUCUGCCAUGAACCCGAGGGCUGUCCGCACUGGGCGUUUCAUCCCUCAAUUGUAAAAAUAAGUGCUAAGGAUUUCUUCCUGACCUCGAGCCCCCUGUUGUGCCUGUCCAGCUCGCGGGCCGCGACUUUCCACUUGAGUUUUAUAAUGAGCGUG